AUGACCAUUCCCCAGAUAAAAUCUAUCGGGAAAACGACUUCCAAGCAUACCGUUCGUCAGCUCAAAUUUAUCAUCCCCGGAGCUGCAAUCACAUAUGCGUUCAACACCCAUCGCGUUUUUUUAGAUUUGUUGACCAGACAAGAUGUAGAGGGUCCAGUGGGGAAGGUGAGCUUUGGAGGACUUGUGAUCAUACUUUUCCUCUAUGUUCUCCUGGUACCGUGGAUAUACGGCCUCGAACCAGACUAUCGGUCUUGGCGAGACUCUGGAAUACUCUCUUCUGUCAUCCCAAUCUUGACCACUGCUAUCUUAGUUGGCUGGUCACUUCUGUCCUUUACCCUUGGAAGGUGGUCUAAUUUGGGAUACCUAGAAGGAGUAGUAGGGGCAUCAGGCUUGUAUGCACUCACGUUUGGACUAUUAGGUCUUCUUCCCGCACCAAAGAUUCGCCGCUCAUGA